CUCUCCAUUAUACUUUCUUUUAGCACAAUAUCCCCUUCACAUCUCCCUCCCUCUCUACCCUCCCUCUUAAUAUCUCUCUAGAACUUUCUUUAUAUUUCUCCCUCUAAUUAAAACAUGAUGAUGAUGAGGCCACAACAAUGAAUUAUUGAAAUGUUGACACAGGUCAUAUAAUUAAUCAAAGGUGUAUGUAUGUAGUAGCUUAAAUAGCUGAUGACUUGCACUGGGAUGGCCUUUUUCUCCAAUAAUUUCAUGUUACAAUCCUCCCAAGAAGAUGACCAUCAUGCCACUACUACUUCUCUUUCUCCACUUCUUCAACCAGCUUGCACUACCACCCAAGAUUUUAGUGGUGUUGCAUCUUUCUUGGGGAAAAGAUCCAUGUCUUUUUCGGGUAUGAACAACAUGGAUGGAUGUGAUCAAGAAGGAAAUAACAUGAAUGGAGAGGAUGAAUUAUCAGAUGAUGGAUCACAGCUUUUGGCAGGAGAAAAAAAGAGAAGGUUAAAUAUGGAACAAGUAAAGACACUUGAGAGGAACUUUGAGUUGGGGAAUAAGCUUGAACCUGAAAGGAAAAUGCAGCUAGCAAGAGCACUUGGGCUACAACCGAGACAGAUUGCAAUUUGGUUUCAAAAUAGAAGGGCUAGAUGGAAGACUAAACAAUUAGAAAAAGACUAUGAUGCCCUUAAGAGACAGUUUGAUGCUGUUAAGGCUGAGAAUGAUUCCCUUCAAUCUCAAAAUCAUAAACUGCAUGCUGAGAUAAUGGCACUUAAAAAUAAGGAGUCAACAGAACUAAUCAACCUCAACGUUAAAGAAACAGAAGGAUCUUCUAGCAACAGAAGUGAAAACAGCUCGGAAAUCAAGCUAGACAUCUCAAGAACGCCGGCCACGGAUAGCUCUCUAUCAUCACACCAUCAAAACCAACAGCAGCCCAUCCCUAAUCUGUUUCCAUCAUCGAAUAUCGAUAGGCCUAACACUACCAAUAAUGUGGCUUAUCAGCUUUUUCACAACUCGUCAUCAAGAGCAACAGAACAUCAACUCCAUUGCCAAAAACUCGAUCAAUCAACUGCCAUCAAGGAAGAAUGUUUUAGCAACAUGUUUGUUGGUAUGGAAGAUCAAUCGGGGUUUUGGCCAUGGUUGGAACAACCACAAUUUAAUUGAUGAAAUCAUUAAAUUACAAAAAAGGGGAAAAUCAAAAAUGGUUCUCCAAAUUUGCCUUCAUUCUAGGCUAGCUUUGGUUUGAUGAUUAUAUUAAAGAUGGAGAUCGAUCAAUCUGUUUGUUCUCCAGGCUUUGAAUUCUUGUUUUUGGUACUUAAAUUUAUAGAGUAAAAAUUAGAACAAAAAGGUAUUAUUAAUUUAUAUUCAAAUUAGUGCAUGUUUGUAUUCAAAGAAAUAAAAGGUCAUUCAUCAUAUUCAUUCUA